AUGGAAGAGAAUGCUGAGAAUGCUGGUUUUAUUGACUAUGAUGAUGCUAGUAGAGUAACUAAUGAUCAUGGAUAUUUUGAUGUAAAUGUACGACUAAAUAUGAUUCUUGGAUUUGCUGAAGACUAUCGAAUAAUUGUUGUAAAUGCAAAACAUGAACUUAUUUUAACAAGAUCUCGUACAGAUCUUAAUGCUAUAGUUAAUAUUCAAGGAUUAGAACGAGAAGAAUUCAAAAUUGUAAUAAAUAAAGUUGAAUGGAUGAUUCCAUACCUAUUUGUUGGUGAUCGACAGAAAAUUGAAUUGUUAAAAUUCACUGAAAAAGAUUCACCAAUAACAAUGAGUUUUAGAUCAUGGGAUUUGCAUGAGUAUCCUAUGAUUCCUGCUACUCAAAAACAUGUAUGGACUGUAAAAACAUCAACACAAAUUGAAAAACCUCGAUAUGUGAUCUUUGGUCUUCAAACAAAUCGAGAAGAAAAUCGAGCAAGAUAUUCAAACUUUUUUGAUACUUGUAAUUUAAAUAAUGUUAAACUUUUCUUAAAUUCACAAUACUAUCCUUAUGCAAAAAAUGCCUUUCAAGAGUAUGCAGCAUUGGCUGUUAUAGAUUGUUCAAAACAAAAUGAAUUUCUAAAACAAGCAGAUGUAGAUGUUCGACUGAAAUUUGAAGCAAGUGAUAACUUUCCCGACAAUACAACUGCCUACUGCUUAAUUAUUCAUGACCGUAUCAUUCAAUACACACCAAUUAGCAGUAUUGUUAAAAACGUAUCAUGA